UCUUUUAGGUCCACCUGAAAUUCGGGCCUCCUUUCAUUAACUUGUCUUCAUUAAAAAAAGUUGAAAAUUACUAACUAAUUAUAUUAUGAAUAAUACUUUCUAAACUUUCUGUUCUUCACUAAUCUGUCAAAACUUCCCGCUCUUCAUUAAUUAUUCCAUCAUUAUUCAACUGUUAUUCAAUUGAUUUAUGGGGGUUCAUAUUAGAAUGUCAAAAUCAUUGCCAUCAAUAUCUUCAUCAUCUUUUCCCAAACUACGUUUGGGAAAAGAAUUGUGCUUUUGCGUGCUGGAAGCCACAUUGAAAUGGUCAACGACUACAAAAAACCCAAGAAGACCCUUCUUAGGGUGUUCAAAGUAUAAUACCCAGGGCUUACCAUAUUGUAAGUUUUUCAAGUGGUUGGAUGGUAAUGAAGUGAUUGAGCUACAAGUUCAAGAAAGAAUUGAUGAACUUUUAAAGAAAGAGAAAGAUGGAGAGAACAUACUUCAGAUGCUGGAAAAGAGGGAGAUUGAGCUUCAUAAGAUAGUGGAUCGCCUCGAGAGGGUAAGCAUGGUGCUGUCCAAUAAAAGCGACGAGGUUACGCAAAAGGAGUUGCUGCUCAAUGCACAAGAAGCUAGAAGAAGGGGGUUGUGCACGCUAUUUUGGAUUUACUGUUGUUUUAGAAUAGAAAAUGUAACUCUGCCCAAAUGCUUGGUUGGAAUGAAAUUGAUGGAAGGAACAUAUGGUUAUGGAUAUUGCUUGAACUUAGCAAUGGUUCGAAUUCUAGCUGCUAAUAUUUUCUAG